GUAUUUGGAGCGUAUAUGUACGGUGUAGGAAUUGCUUUCUUUGUUUAUUGUUACGCAGUUCUUUUGGUCAGUCCAGGAUGGCAAGCAAUACGAAAAGCUGCAUCGAUGAUAAAAAUCAGUGGGUUGCGUUCAAACAACGGGGUUUCACUUAACCAUGUGGAUGCGUCCACACCACCAGAUCAGUGUCGUGUCACACACGACGGACCCAGCUCUGGAAAUCUUUUCUUGCGUCUCGGCUUUUUGAUCUUCGGCGUUAUCGGCAUUGUCUAUUAUUCGUUCAGCGCAUUUUUGUGUUUUGGCGAUCCUGAUUGUGGAACGUUGAAUGGCGUACUUGAUCUUGCUGCUAUUGUCUUCAUAUUUGCACAGAUGCAUUUCAUAUUCUGUAAUUGGAGAGUGACAAUAAGGGGAUCUCAUAUAGUGUCUCGAUUCGGUACGAUGCAUUUGGUCGCAGCAAAUCUGUGGACAUGGAUUCGAUAUAUUUUAAUCGAAGAAACUGUUAUGAGCGGUGAAAUUAGGGAAAUAUUCUAUGGUAAUAAGAACGUAAGUGAUCAAUUGGAAGAUGCUUCAAAGCUCGAUGAAAGCAACAAACUGAGCGUAUAUUCAGCGUCAUCAACUCAGCAAUCCAAUGAAAUCUCACAAUGCACAGACGAGGAAUGCAUACUCGGUAUUGGAUUAUCGAGUUUGUUCACUUAA